UUAUCUUAUCGGAUUACUACAGAUUCAAAUAACUCAAAUCCGCAUUAUCAUUCUAUUUUUGUUUUGACCGAAACAAACCAAAACAGUUCACUAUUGUCUGUAUAAAGCACCGAUCCUCUUCUUUCAAGCUACCAACAAUGUCUCCUUCACCAUCACAAAUCUUCAUCAUACUCCUCACCGUCCUCUUCCAUUUCCACCACUCCUCUUCAUUCUCCCUCUCAGUAGAAAACCCUGAACAAAACUUCAUACUCUCACCCAACCACACUUUCACCGCAGGCUUCUAUCCCGUAGGUGAAAAUGCUUAUUCCUUCGCCAUUUGGUUCACGCAAAAACACAAACACCUUGACGACAACAACAACAACAACGCCACCAUCGUUUGGAUGGCAAAUCGUGACCAACCAGUAAACGGAAAACGCUCAACACUUUCUCUUCUCAAAACCGGCAACCUCGUCCUAACCGACGCAGGUCAAUCCGUCGUUUGGUCCACAGACACCGACUCAUCAAAACCGCUUCAGUUAGUCUUACACGAAACCGGUAACCUCGUUCUUCAAGAACUAAACACAAACGGUUCCAUCAAUAGUACUAUCUGGCAAAGCUUCGAUUUCCCAACGGAUACACUUCUACCAGGCCAAACCCUCACCAGAUUCACGAAACUUGUUUCAUCUAGAAGCGAAACUAAUUUCUCAUCUGGUUUCUAUAAACUCUUCUUCGACAACGACAACAUUCUCCGUAUUCUUUACGAAGGUCCAAGAGUUUCUAGUGUUUUUUGGCCAGAUCCUUGGCUUACUAGCAACGGUGCUGCUGGUAGUGGUAGCAGAUCAACUUACAACAGUAGCAGAAUCGCUUCUUUGGAUUCAUUUGGUAGGUUUAGCUCUUCUGAUAAUUUCGUUUUCAAUACUUCUGACUAUGGAGCAUUGCUGCAACGGAGACUUACACUUGACCAUGAUGGUAACGUUCGCAUUUAUAGCAGAAAAGAUGAGAAGCAAAGUUGGUUUGUUUCCGGUCAAUUUAAACAACAACCUUGUUUCGUUCAUGGGAUUUGUGGACCAAAUAGUACUUGUAGUAAUGAUCCAAUGAAUGGUAGAAAGUGUUCUUGUUUACCCGGUUAUGUUUGGAUUGAUGAUCAAGAUUAUUAUCAAGGUUGCAGACCCAAUUUUCAACUUUCAUGCAGUAACAAGACUCAUGAGUCAAGGUUUUUGGCUUUACCUCAUGUUGAUUUUUAUGGAUAUGAUUAUGCUUUCUAUGUGAAUAAAACUUACAAAGAAUGCGAGGAUCUGUGUUCACACUUGUGUGGUUGUGCUGGAUUUCAGUAUACUUUUACAGCUGAAUACGGUGGUUAUUAUUUUUGUUAUCCAAAGAUUCAGUUGCUUAAUGGCCAUCGUUCACAGAGUUUUCUAGGAUCGUUUUACCUGAAAUUGCCGAAAAGUAGUGAUUUUGUUGAUGACAUGAAGAUUCAACAAAAUGGGAUGGGAAGGGUUUGUUCAACGAAUGGAGUAGUAAAGCUUGAGCGAGAAUACAUAAAAGAGAAAGAAAAUGGUUCCUUGAAGUUCAUGCUUUGGUUUGCUGGUGGUUUAGGCGGAGUUGAGCUCUUGGGAUUUUUUCUUGUGUGGUUUUUCUUGUUUAGGAGCAGCAAAAACUCCGAUGAAGAAAAUAAUGGGUAUAUUCUAGCAGCAGCUGGAUUUAGGAAAUUUAGUUACUCUGAAUUGAAACAAGCUACAAAAGGUUUUAGUCAAGAGAUUGGAAGAGGUGCUGGUGGAAGCGUCUAUAGGGCUGUUUUAUCUGAUAAUCGCGUGGCUGCAAUAAAGCGUUUGCAUGAAGCAAAUCAAGGAGAGAGUGAGAGUGAGUUUUUUGCUGAAGUUAGCAUCAUUGGAAGGCUUAACCACAUGAAUUUGAUUGGAAUGUGGGGUUAUUGUGCAGAGGGAAAGCAUAGGUUAUUGGUUUAUGAGUACAUGGAAAAGGGUACUUUAGCUGAUAAUCUCUCAUCAAAUGAACUUGAUUGGGGUAAAAGGUAUAACAUUGCUAUGGGAACUGCAAAGGGUCUUGCUUAUUUACAUGAAGAGUGUUUGGAGUGGAUUUUGCAUUGUGAUAUAAAGCCACAGAACAUACUUAUUGACUCUGAUUACCAACCUAAGGUAGCCGAUUUUGGUUUGUCUAAGCUAUUGAAUAGGGAUGACCUUGAUAAUUCAAAUUUCUCAAGGAUAAGAGGGACAAGAGGUUACAUGGCACCGGAAUGGGUUUUCAACUUGCAAAUCACUUCUAAGGUUGAUGUUUAUAGCUAUGGAGUUGUGGUGUUGGAGAUGAUUACUGGAAAGAGUCCAACAACUGGUAUACAGAUCAAGGAAGAGUUGUGUCAUGAGAGGUUGGUAACAUGGGUCAGGGAGAAAAGGAGAAAAGGAUUAGAAGUUGGUUGUUGGGUAGAACAAAUUGUUGAUCCUAAAUUGGGAUCAAACUAUGAUGUUAUGAAAAUGGAGACUUUGGCAAAUGUUGCUCUGGAUUGUGUAGCAGAUGAUAAAGAUGUUAGACCCACCAUGAGUCAAGUUGUUGAGAGACUUCUAAGUCAUGAUAAUAAUUAUUGAUGGUAUGCACAAUAAAUAGCCAUAUCUCAUGGCUAUUGAUUACUCCAUUGUUCUACCUCUUAUGUUUCCACUGUUCUUUACAUGUAACUUGAUUCAAGAACCUAUGAUUAGGAUUUUUUUUUAAAGAAUUAAAUUGGCAACAGAUAGGAAGUAGGAACAAGGAGAGGUGUUAUCACUAGUUUGGAGGUAACAUUUUAAUAAUUUAGUGUUGUAAAUUAUGAGAUAAUGAGUAAUAAGAGAGUGAUCAUAAUUUUCACAUCUCUAUAUUUUA